UUUUAAACUCAGAGCAUGUUCCUGUGUGUACUGCUGAUGCUGCUGGCCCCGCUGUGUGCGACCGCUGCCCAGGACAAUGCUCACAAACAUGGGCACGUGUCUGUGGUGAUCCUGGGGGGCACUGGAGACCUGGCCCGCAAAUAUCUGUGGCAGGGUUUUUUCGAACUCUACAUAAACCAAGUCAGCAGCGGACACAGUUUUUCCUUCUAUGGUGGAGGACUGUCACCUGCCAACAAGUCCACUCCUGUGCUUUUCCAAAUUUUAAAGGCCUUAAACUGCCCAAAAGAUGUUUCAAAAGAGCGCUGUGCCAUACUUAAAGAACAGUUUUUGCGUGUGUCGAAAUACAAGCAACUUACGACUCUAGAAGAUUACCAAGAUCUGUCUAAAAGCAUUCAAAAACACCUGCAACAAGAGGGCAUGGUGGAAGCAGGGAGACUGUUCUACCUGUCAGUGCCUGCUUUUGCCUAUGCAGAGAUCGCAGACAGGAUCAAUAGUAGCUGUAGACCGCCAAACGGGGCAUGGCUACGAGUGGUCCUGGAAAAACCUUUUGGACAUGAUUUUAAAAGUGCACAAGUUCUAGCAACACAACUGGGAACCUCGCUAAAGGAUGAGGAAAUGUAUAGAAUCGACCACUACUUGGGAAAACAGGUGGUUGCAAACAUACUUCAGUUCAGGGUGCAGAACAAGAAGCACCUCGACCCAAUGUGGAAUAAAUAUUUCCUUGAGAGAGUGGAGAUCGUUCUAAAAGAAACACUUGAUGUUAAAGGUCGUAUUGCAUUCUAUGACCAGUAUGGAGUGAUCAGAGACGUGCUGCAGAACCAUCUCACAGAGGUCAUGACCCUGUUAACGAUGAGACUGCCUCAAAAUCUGAGCAACAGCCAGGAGGCGCUCACCAACAAACUGAACAUAUUCACGUCUUUGCUACCCCUGAGUAAGAACCAGGCGGUGAUCGGGCAGUACCAGUCCUACCAGAGAGAGGUGCAACAAGAGCUCAACAAAACCAAGGACCAUGUCAGUCUGACUCCCACGUUUGCAGCUGUCCUGGCCCAUAUCGACGAGAGCCAAUACGAAGACGUCCCAAUCCUCAUGAUCUCAGGAAAACAGUUGGACGAGCGAGUGGGAUAUGCUCGGGUGCUUUUUAAGGACAACGUUUUCUGUCUCCAAAAUCAAAAUAGUGUCCACUGCAAACCCAAACAGAUAAUAUUCUACUUUGGACAUGGCAACUUGAAUUACCCCGCAAUCCUUGUGAGCAAAAAUCUAUUCAAACCAAGUGUUAUUGACAGCGACUGGAAAGAAGUAACUGAACAUAAAGAUAAAAAUGUUACAGUUCUAGGUUUGCCUAUUUCAGACUAUUACGUGCAAACACCAAAAGUGCAAAAGGAAUCCUACACGGAGUUGAUUUCUCGUAUAUUUGCGGGACAGCAAAAUUGUUUUGUCAGUACGGAAAAUCUUCUAGCCUCUUGGGAUUUUUGGACCCCACUUUUAACUAGCAUCACCAACACAUUCCCACGAAUUUAUCCAGGGGGCGCUGCAAACAAUGACAUGCUUGAUAUCUUACUCAAAGGAAGAGACUUGAGCUAUAUCAAUGAAGUUGUUCUAAUCGGCGAUAAUCAGAUGGGUGGUCAAACUGCAAAUCAUUUCCAAGUCAUGCAGGGCAAAUUUCGAAAUGAUGAAAUGGUCUCGGGAUGGACGGAGGAGCUAAUUGAAAAGCUAGCAUCAGACAUAGAAGAAGCAGCGGAGAAAGCUAUACUUGAAGGUGGAGUUUUUCAUUUAGCUUUAUCGGGCGGGGCGUCUCCAUUGGCACUAUUCCACAGACUGGCUUUGCACCACUUUGCGUUUCCGUGGCGAGAUACGCACAUUUGGAUGGUGGACGAACGUUGCGUACCUCUAAACGAACCGGAAUCAAAUUUUUAUAGCCUCCAUGACAACCUACUCCAACAUGUAAAGAUACCAUAUUAUAACAUACACCCAAUGCCCGUUCAGCUAAACCAGCGCCUGUGCGUGGAAGAAGACAAAGGAACGUGGCUGUAUGAAGAAGAGAUCAAAAAAUUCGUCAAUGCCUCUAGAUUUCAUUUUGUGUUAUUAGGCGUUGGUUAUGACGGCCACAUAGCCUCUCUAUUUCCAGGAGUUAAGCCAGAGCAUCAUGGGAAAAAUUUAGUUGUUUUUACAGAAAGCCCAGUCAAACCUCAUCAGAGAAUGAGCCUAACUUUUAAUGCCAUAAACCAAGCACAGAAAGUUGGCAUUUUAAUCAUAGGAAAAUACAAACACGAGGCAGUGAUACAGAUGAGCAGAGUGAAAGAGGAGACGGCGCAGUGGCCCGUGACUUGGGUGAAACCAGACAAUGGCAAUGUGCUCUGGUACAUAGACUAUGAGGCACUGUUAGGGUAGAUAUUGGAAAUGUACAUAGAUGUUAAAGGUGCACAAUGUAACUUUUGUUUCGGAGGGUCACCAGAUGCUGCUUUGCCUGGAACGUUCCACAGUUUGGGAUGAAACUUGCAUUCAAUUACAAAUGUUUUUAUUGCCCCAAACGUUGCAUUCUCACUGUGAAUGUGGUUGCCUCUCUGUAACUUGUCCUGGUGGCAUUGUCUGCUAGUUUUUGUGGAGAUGAUUACUUUGGCCAUCUCCAUAGAGACUAGCAGGUGUAGGGCUUCACAGAAAAGUUACAUAGUGCACCUUUGAAUGUACUCAAGAAAAUAACCUGCUGUGAGAGAAACAAUUUUACUACUGACAAUGGAAAACUGGUGCCGAUAUAUUCUUAGUUUGAAUAUACUUAUUUGGCCAGUUGACCAGGAGUUUUUUGUGUUUAUAGUUAAACCGUUUUAUAAAUGUGUCAUUACCAGGUCUUAUUGCAAAUCAUCACAGUAUUGGUAGGUUUUGGUAGGUUUUAGCGUACCAUCCUAAAGCCAUAAUCUACUCAGAAACCAACGCCCAACUUAUGCCCAUUGAGCUAUGAACAACAAAUACAUUGAAUCCCCAAAAAAUAUUUUAUUAAAGCAAAUGAGGUGCUGGAUGAAGUGAUAAAAAGAAACAUACUGUAUUUUGGACCAAUUUAAAGUUUAUUAUUUUUUAAAACAGAUGUUUGUAGGUAAUUUAUUCACAUUUCCAAAGAACUCAGAGCUUGUGCUUUUAUUGGACAGUAAACUCAAUUAUCCACAUGUCCCAUGUCACUAAACACUACUUUGAUAUUGCUCCAAAUGGCAGUUUUGCAGUGGAUUUGACAAAUGAAUAUAUUUUACAGAGUGAGAGUGCUUGUGGAGUUUUUAUGGUUGAGACAGGGGUUUGAGUAAAGAGUGCUAAAUGAUUGUUUGAACAUAUGGCCUCGUAAAACAUAAAAGGAACAAAACAGAUGUGGGUGCUCUUUAAAUCUCAGGAAGUUGUGUGUAUUUUUAUAUAUGCAUACAAUUUCUGUGUAAUCUUUGACUUUUAUAUAAUGCAAAAUGACUAUCUUUUACAAACUGUGACUUUUUACAUAGUUUUUUCACAAGAGCCAUGCAGCAGUGGUGUAGUGUUGAUCCCUAAGUGCUUUCCAUGAGUGCUUUAUUGUGACCAAAGGACCAAAGAUAUUUUAAAAUUACACUUUUUUUGUACAACUGCUAUGGUCUUAACAUUUGGAACAAACUCUAGCUCAACCUCACUGUGAUCUAAAUAAGGACACAAUCCACCAGUAGAGAAUAAUCGUUGCAAAGAAUAUUUCUACUGUGAAUACACUAGUAAGGAGAAGUGGAAGAAUAACAACUCAAUAAUAUUACUCAAAUGCAAGUAUUGUUUUUACAAGAACUGCUAUUAAGCUCAACAGUCACUUCGAAGUCCGCUCUGGUUCCGGAAGUAGAUUUUCCCUUCAUUUUUCCGAUAGACUUCCGAGUUCAAAGGCAUCACUAACCAGCUCUGGCUUAUAUGCACAAAUGUACCAGCUGGAAUGUAAUUAUGCUGUCACAAUGAACUGUAACCGUUUUCAUUCUCAUGUUUCAACAAUGGUUUCAACAUUAUCACAAGAUUAAUUUUGAUCAGUUCAGCUUCUGUGUUACGUUAUUUACUCCCAGUUCACAUUUCGGUUCAUAAACCUAAUAAAAAACAGCUGCUUCUGUCUAGUGAAGAUCAAAACGUGAGAAGGAUUAAGUUCCUUUCCUUUUUUUUCUGUUCCCAUGGUUUGAAGUUACGGUGUGUGGUGGCAUGGCGACUGCAUUAAAGCUUAAUACGGAGGAUCGUGUUUCUAUGGUUUCAGGGCGGUGCAGCCGAGGUGACUUCCUGUUCGCUGUCCUCGUCAAGCCUGUUGAUCAGCCACAAAGCACAUUUCACCACGAAAAAUCCUGAACGGAAACACAGGGUUGAGCUAAGGUUAAAUAUGUGCUGUCAAAUAUCAGAUAACAAAAGGAUGGAACAUGCAAAAAACGCUCGGAAAACAAGAAAAUACAUUAAAUCCAUGAGCAUAAUUGUAACUUUGAAUUUGGCUCUAUAUAUAUAUUUUUAAAAAAAAAUUACUUCUUUAUUCAUUUGUUUUGAUUUACAGCAAGUGCACUAUGAACUGAAUAUUUAUUUUAAAGGUACACUAUGUAACAUUUCUGGAGGACGGUCUGCCCAUCUCCAUAGAGACUGCUGCUUUGCAUAGAAUGUUCCACAGUAUGGUAUAACUUAUCUACCUUCAUGGAGACAAGCAGAUGAUGGUCAAAUCUGUAGAUAUGCAAGUCUGCUUACAAUAAAAACACUGGUUAUUGAUUAAAUACAAUAUAGACACGUUGAAUGCCAUACUGUGGAACAUUACAUAUCAGUAAAUAACUCCAGGGGACCGACAUGCUACCAAAAAGUUAGUGACCUUUGAAAAAAAAAAAAAAAAAAAAAAAAAAGAAAAAAAACCAAUCUCAAACCUGUUCAUGGGGAUCUGACCUGUGCUUAUGACACAUGCCACAGUCAGUACCAAGGACAUGUAGUACAACUCAGGGGUGGUCUUGGCCUAUGAAGAGACACUGUUAACUUUUGAUCAAAUCCAAAUCAUAUUAAAAGAUGAUAUACUAGUAUUUCACGUACACAUGAUGAUGCCGUCGAGGUUAAUAUGACAGUGCUUAGUCCGUGGCCAAACGACAGAAGACCAAACAUGUAAUAACACCUCCACACACUUAAAGGAACUGGAUCCAACAACGUAAAUACAACUGAAAAACCUGUUUAUGAAUAAAUACACAAAAAACAUGAAUAAAUAUGG